CACCACCAUCCUUCCCCCAUUUACAUUUACAACUAAUAAAGGUGAGGGAAGUGGAGGCGGAUCCAGAUCAGCUCCACCACCACACCACUUGGUGCGCACAAGCAACGCAAUCAACAAGCAAGCACAGCAGCAGCAGCAGUCCACCAUGAACUUGGCGAAGGAGGCACUGGGCAACCUGCUUCCGAAGCUCGGCCAGCUACUGCAGGAUGAGUACAACCUGCAGACGGGCGCCAAGAAGGACAUCGAGUUCCUCUCCAGCGAGCUCGAGACCAUCCACGCCGCCCUCGGCAAAGUGGGCGAGGUGCCAAGAGAGCAGCUCGGCGAGCUGCAAAGGAUCUGGGCCCGGGAUGUUAGGGAGAUGUCCUACGACAUGGAGGACAUCGUCGACGCCUUCAUGGUGCGCGUCCAGGGCCCAGAUCCCCACAGCAAAAGUAGCACUGGGCAGACCUUCAGCCUCAAGUAUAUGAUGCAAAAGUUCACUACGUUCAUGGCUCGCCGUGAGGUCGCCCAGGAGAUCAAGAACAUCAAGGAGCGUGCCAGGGAGCUGGCCGAGCGACGUGACAGGUACAAGGUCGUUGAUGAUAUUGCUCCUUCUAAGAAAACCCUUGUUGACCCUCGCCUAAAAGCACUGUACACCGAGGCAACUGAGAUUGUUGGCAUUGAAGAGGCAAAGAAAGAGGUAAUCACGGGGUUGACUCAGGGAGAUGGUGGCCAGCAGAAAAAGAUAGUUUCUAUUGCUGGUUUUGGAGGACUCGACAAGACAACACUUGCCAAAGCAGUGUAUGACGAGAUUAAAGGACAGUUCGAUUGCACGGCUUUUGUUUCAGUGUCUCGCAAUCCUGAUGCAAAGAAGCUUCUCAAGGACAUCUUGUAUGAGCUUCACAAAGGAGGAGAACAUCCUGGUGCAAAUUCGGAUGAAAUAAAGCACCUCAUUGAUCUUGUCCGUGAUUUUCUUCGGAACAAGAGGUACCUCAUUGUUAUUGAUGAUAUAUGGGACAAAGAACCAUGGGAUAAGGUAAUAGGGCUGGCUCUCAUGGAGAAUAAUAAGAGAAGUAGAAUAAUCACAACCACCCGUAUUAUUGGUGUUGCUGAGCAUGUCGGCGGUUGCUAUAGGCUCAAACCACUUUCUCAUGACAGCUCUGAAAUAUUAUUCUAUGGAAGAAUAUUUGGAUCAAAAGAUAGAUGUCCUAGGCAAUUUUCUGAAGUAUCUAAAUGUAUUCUGAAGAAAUGUGAAGGUGUCCCGUUAGCUAUCGUCACCACAUCCAGUUUGCUUGCUAAUAAAUCAGAGGAUACAAGAGUGUGGAAUGAUGUGUGCAACUCAAUUGGUUAUGGGCUUGGGAGGAAUCCUGGUAUGGAUGAUAUGAGGAAGAUAUUGCUGCUCAGCUAUUACGAUUUGCCUUCUCAUCUGAAGACAUGUUUGUUGUACCUAAGCAUAUUUCCAGAAGACUAUGACAUUGAAAAGGAUCGGUUGAUACGGAGGUGGGUAUCUGAAGGUUUUGUCCAACAAGACCAGCAAGCAGCCGGAGACCAAAGUCUCCUUGAGAUUGGGGAGAGUUACUUCAAUGAGCUUCUAAAUAGAAGCCUGAUCCAGCCCGCGGGCAUGAAUUAUCUGGAUGGUACACCUCAUGCAUGCCGUGUGCAUGAUACAGUGCUUGAUCUCAUUAUUUCCUUAUCAGCAGAAGAAAGUUUUGUCACCAUUGUAUUAGCAGGUGAUCAGAUGGAAAGCAAGGUUCGAAGGUUAUCUCUGCAUAACAAUAGUACUACUUGGCCUACAAUAAAGAUGCCAAAACUGAGGUCCCUAACCAUCUUCCCACCUGCCGGUGUGGUAAUUGAUCCGACACCGUUCCUUUCACGUUAUCUUCUUUUACGUGUGUUGGAUCUACGAGGCUGCAAACUUAAUGAUCUUGCAAGCCUGCGGUUUGUUGGGAACUUAUCUCACCUACGGUAUCUAGGUGUACCAAGUACCAAGGAUGAUGGCCCUAUUCAGCUCCCCGUAGAGAUAGGGAAGCUGAGAUUUCUGCAGACGCUGGAUUUAUAUAAAACUAGAGUAGAAGAACUGCCACCGAGUGUUAUUACAGGUCUAGGACAAUUGAUGUGCCUACGUUGUUAUGGAUGGGGCGGCACAAGGCUGCCAGAUGGGCUGAAGAAGCUGACCUCCCUUGAAGUGCUAGAGGGGUUAAUUGUGACAUCGCAAUGCAUUGCUGAAGAGCUGGGCCAUCUGACUCAACUGAGGGUACUUGAUGUCAAGGUCAUUUCUACAGAAGAGGCAAAUGAUGACGGAUGGACGGCAUGUAUUAAAACUCUAUUGGAAUCCCUAGGCAAACUGGCCAAAAUUGAGUGUCUUCAUAUUUAUGUUAAUUUUGAUGCAGCUAUUCUCGAUGGCUCAAUGAUGGAGCCACAGCCACUAGGCAACUUACGCCAGCUUCACAUUAUUGGUGGAUUCAAUGAUGUGCGCAUGCCCACAUGGAUUAGGCCUGCAUGGCUCCCCGCCCUCUCCUACCUGGAUAUACAGGUGAAGCACGAGCGAAGGGACGACAUCCAAGUUCUGGGCACCCUGCCGUGUCUUGGUCAUCUUAGUUUCACAGCGCGUCGAGCAGCGGUGGAACGGUCUGCGGUUGGAGCUGAUGCUUUCCCACGCCUGGUAAUAUGUGUGUUUGAUAUAUAUGAUGUGUGGGGAGGGACAGCCGUGGUCCCAUGUAUGUUCCCACGAGGUGCUAUGCCCAUGCUCCAGGACUACGAGUUCCGUAUCGGACUGAAGCAAUUAGAGAGUGUGGCCAUUGAGGACAUGGGCUUGGGCCUUGGCCACCUCCCGUCCCUUCGGAGUGUCACUAUUCUUGGCCUUCCUCGUGUUUUUGGAUAUUUUGAUGAAGCCACAAAACAUAAGGUCAAGGCCACGAGGGAGAAGCUUGAGAAGGAGGCGGCUACCCACCUCAACCAUCCUCUUCGCAUUCGUCCUUGACGUGUCGGGCUGUGCACGUGUGUGUGUGUAUAUAUACACUCUAAAUGCCUCUUGGUUCAAUUCCCUUGUCAAUCUGUCAUACUCUUUUUUUAUGGUUACUCCGAUAAUCAUAUUUGAUUACUUACUUUACUAUACA